GAUAUUCAGUGUGGAGAUGAGCUGUAUUCCGGCAUCGCACAGUAUGACCCUUAUGGGGCAGGUGGAGCCGCCGCUGGAGGAAGCAGGUGGGCAGAGGAGAGGGAGCAGAGCCUAUCAGAUUUUUCCGGAGACCAAUGACUCGGACUCAGACACAUACCCGGAGGACUUCCUGUAUCGUAGGGAGCGUCUACCCUCAAUCGUCGUGGAACCCACAGAGCAGAGCGAGGCGGAGAGCGGGGAGCUGCGCUGGCCCCCACGCACCAGCAGCACAGAGGGGGAGGAAGAAGACAGCCAGGUGUCCCAGGGCACUGUGGAGGGGGACACAGAGGACAUGGACCAGGGCUCCGGCUCCAGGAAGUCGUCCAUUGGGCCGUCCCAGAGUCAGAUGUCCCUGUCCAGGCUCACUCCUCCGGCCUCCCCCACACCCCCAGAGUCGGCCCCACCCUGUCUGCGGAGCUGAGUCACCAUAGCAACGGCAUCAGUUAACCCUUUGCCGCACGGAGCUUCUUUGUUACUCGGGAGUUUGGGUUCACAUGUCUGUAGUGAUGUUCUCCUGUCGCUGCUGUGGCCACUGACACUGUCAAUGGAGCAUUAGCAUUUACACUGCUAAUUAUGCUAACCUCCUCCACUGCCUGUACUACAAUACAGGGGGCGCUCACACCCUCAAACCCUGGCAUGACAAUACUGCUGUUUAGACAAUCUCCUUCAGUAGUUAGUAUUUGAAGCAUUAAAGGUAGUACAAAAGCCCAUACACGACACAGUUUUAAUCUUUUAACCAUAUUUUGAUGCUAUUUCCUCAUACAUAGUGAUGGUUUCAGUAAUUCUGCAUAUUUUGUAUGUCUAUCUGUCUUUCUCCUCACUGCUUUGCAUUAGUUUUUUAAGUCCAUGUUGCCAGAUUAGUUAUAGCACCCUCUGCUGGCAUCUUUCAUACACCUAUUUCAUAUCUAUUAAGGCCUGAAGGUAUUUUAUCUGUCGUUUUCAGACUCUAGAAUGUUAUUACAUCAUACUUUGCCAUAAAAUAUCCAAAUGGUAAAUGCACAAAUGUUGAACUCUGUAUUAAAUAUGAUUGGCCUAUUCAGUGUUGUGAUAUCAUGCGAAUACCAGCAGUUGACAGAUUUAUUAUUAUUUUUAUUAUUAUUAUUAUUAUACAGCUAUAUUAUGGAAGGUUACAGUGUCAAAACUAAUUAAAAAGUCCUAUAUAACGCACAAUGCAGGACCUUUAGAGUCAUGGCGCAUGUUGAGAGACUGUCCUAACCCCGUUAGUUAGUUCUGCUUCGUACUUCCUCUGCACUUUACACAACCACAGCAGUUACAAUCGGUGUAAAAAAAACUGUUGUAUGUUUUAACUGGUUUAGACACUUCCUUUUGGAUUGCCCAAUGUUUUCAUGCACUUUUCUUGUCCAAAGUGAGUUUUUUUUAAGACAUAAUAAAGGCUAAUCUUGUAAAACCUGCAAUAUGACAAACAACUGCUCAAUGUGAUGUUGCAGGUUGGCAUCAGUGACAUUUCUGUGAUUAAGACUCCAAAAUGUUAUUUGAUUAAAGCAACAAUAUGUGCAUUUUAUGGUGAGGGUCUGCCACUUGCUCAUUUCCAUGGAGAUGUUAUUGCUCUAAUGUUCCACAACAUGGUUUUAAACUGUCAUAUCAUGCAUUUAUUCUAUUGCUUGUCUCAAUGGAAAUAGAUGAGUUUAAUGAUAUGAUGUUAAACAUUCCACACAAAGACAUAACAAGUCCAGGAAGAAUGACCCAAGGCCCUGACAGAAAACCUUUUUGCACCUUUAAGCAGAGGUGGGUAGUACUCAGUUACAUUUACUUACUACAUUUACUUGAGUGACUUUACUUUUCAGAGUACUUUUACUCCUACUUAUGUAAUAUUUUUUUAUUGAAGUAACAGUACUGUUACUUGAGUUAAAGUUUUGGUUCCAACUGGAUGUAAGUGACAAAAGCUUUAUGUCGACAAUAUGAAAUGAUUUGCACAUUUGUGUUUCUGGCUCGGCUCUUUCAGAUAUAAAGUAUUUUUUCUCAUUUUUGUUUCAAUCCUUUGAAAAUACCAGUUUUUGAGCAUUUAAUGUUUUAUUGUUCCACUUCAUUAACUUCAGAUAAAUUCAGAUAUUAUGUCCCAACUUGAGUACAAGUUUAGGCUACUCUACCCACCUCUGCCUUUAAGGAAAUGUAAUAAUUAGAACAUAACCAUUUAACCAUACAUGAUUUGCAUUUUUUUGUGUGAAUUUGUAAAUUGUAAUAUAUUAUCUGUCUUCGUCUUAUUGUUAUUUUUAUUCAAAUUAUUAAUAAAGAAAUAACAGU